CCAACUGGACAAGCAGGCCCGGUCCGGUUUCACGGCGUCGCACAACGACUCCGUCGAAACCCGCGUCUACUCCCAGCAUCGCGGAGGACUCCACGUUUUCACGGCGCGAUUCACUCACACGAAGAGCGCCUCUGACGUUCCUCAUCUUCGUCUUCGUCCGGUGUAUAAUACUAUCGCUGUCGCGUCGAGGACGUUGGUGAUCCUUACACAACUUUCGAGAAAUGUUCAGUCGUCGAGGACUUUGAAAUAUGUGAGAGUGCAUCGUAUUAAGAUAAUACAGCGAAGACUUUGAAAGGAUACGCUUCGCGGGCUCCCAAUUCUCGAUUAAAAUAUAGGGGGUACCAACUGAAGAUUAUACGUGUCACCAGAUGAGUAUCGAAUCCGGAUUCGAGGUAUUUUGUAGUGUAACAUCAUCAGAAAGUCGAUGAGAAAAAAUAAACCGAGGAUGAAAGCGGGAUGAAAUAUAGAUAACCGCUUGUAAAUAGCUCGCAAACUGUCCGUCGGAAGUAAAGUGAGGUUAUGGUUUAGCCGGUGACAGAACGUUGAUGUAACCGUCGGAAGUGUUAUACUGCAAAAGAAAAUUCGUAGACGGAAGAAUCAUCUUAAUUGCUACGUUAUGCCAUCUCAUUAAUUCAUCAUGUACGUUAAAAAGAAAUGAAGUUCGCAUAAAUAGUGACUAAGACACAAAUCUGAGAAUGACGUCGUCCGUCGACGCUAGACAGAAUACUUCUGUAAGAAAAAGAAGGCAUCAUGAAAACACGAUCUACAAAAGUUUCAUUGUGAUCGAAUCAAGGAAACUGGAUCUGUCAUUGAGCGAGGUGGGUGUCUUCUCUCAGAAAAAAAUGUCGAGUACAUCCCCGGCGCCACCAAUGGGUCUAGACACUGGGUCGGAAUCAGAAACUAGAUCAAGCCAUCUGAUCUCGCGUUUGGAUCAGGAUUCGGAAGACGCGGAGAAACGCGAUCGAGCGCGAAGGACGGAAUGCAGCAACGCGGAUAGCGACUGCGAAAGCGACACGAGCGAGGUAUUGAGCGUUGGCAGUGAACCCACGCCAACCAGCGUGGUCGGGGUGCGUGUAUGCGGAACUAUAAGAUACCAUGACCAGGAAUCUGCGAGCUCCGGUCGCGGUGAGUUCCGCGAUGAGGAGAACACGAGAACGUCGGAGACGCCGUCGCCGGCCAGCUCUACCAGCUGCAACGACCUGUAUUACCAGCGCACAUCUAGUAAUCACGUGUCGGCGCCGAGUCCGCCCGGCUACAGUCAACCACCGUCAUCUCCUACGGCGUCUUCCGUCAGAUCCCCAGCUUCCUCCUCGGCCACCGCUUCGUCGCCAGGUCGGCCGGAGGCUAUCCAAGAGGCUAUCGUACCUAGAUACCAGUCUGGUCAACAUCUACUUUCCCGAUACUCCUCCAGGGAAUCUGAGAUCUCCGAUUAUCCCACGCGGGUCCAGCAUGGCAUUGGUCACGAGAUCAUUUAUCCUACCGUAGAGAGGUUACACCGCACACCCAUAAGCGUACCUUUGGUAACGAGGCUCUCAUUGUCACCGCCGUCGGCUAUGACGGUCACCGGACUCCAGGCGACAACACCUGGCGUUCUCCAUCCCGCCGCCUGUAGAGAUCCACGGGAGACCGCCACUUUGAUGCCGCAUCACAGCCAGCAUGUGCAUCACCCCAACGCUCACACGCAUCUACAACAGGGCUCGCAGGUGCAACAUGUGCUGGCAAAUUCAGUGCACCAGCAUAGACUCUCGGUCAGCAAGCUCCUACAACGGGAUCCGGGAAGUCCGGCAUCGCCAACCGGCACUAAGGAAGAGAACGGACGUACCCUGCCGGCCGCGAACGGCGUAUCGAACAGUAUCGGCAACAACGGCAAUCAUCAUCACAACAAUCACAACAAUAAUAACAAUCUACAACAUCAGGCGAGUUUGAAGUUCAGCAUAGACAAUAUCUUGAAGGCGGACUUCGGCAGGAGAAUCACGGAUCCGAUCUCCCUGAAAAAAUCCCGACCGAAAAAAGUGUCCUCGAGGCCGAUCGACCUGACGAAAGACUUCCUGGAAUCGUCAUCCGACGCGUCCGAGAGGAGCAGCUCGGAGACGACGACGACGACGACCAAUGCGUCCCCCACCGUCGUAUCGACCGGAAAUUCGACAUCCAAAGCGACUGGAUCAACCGCAACCGAUCCUGGGAAGAUGUUGUGGCCUGCGUGGGUCUAUUGCACCAGAUAUUCGGAUCGGCCUUCCUCUGCUUCCAAGAGUGAAGUAUUGAAGUUUCAAAGCUUCGAAGCUUUUAAUACCAAAAGCUUUGAAUCUUCGAAUCUUUAA